AUGAUAGUUUUGGGAUUUGGUGUUCAGGAGGGAUCGUGUACGGUGUAUGAAGUGAGAAAUUCGACUUCCUUGUGGGACAUUGUUCAUGGAAAUAAGUUGGUACCUGGUGAUGAAGUGGUAUUGAGAGAGGGCAAUUAUACAUGCUAUUAUCAAAGUACUUGGUAUAGAAAUAUUGUAUUGAAAGGUCUUACUAAUGCUCCUAUUACUAUUAGAGCUGCCAGUGGAGAGAAGGUUUUGGUCGAAGGAGAUUUGAAUGCUAGUCAAAAUUUGUUGAAUUUUAAUGUAGAAAACUUUAUUCUGAAAGGUAUUGAAUUUAGAUAUGGUGAUAGAGGACUGAGAUUUUUUGGUGCUAGCAAUGUUCUAUUGGAAGAUUUACACAUUCAUGAUACCAGUGAUGUUGGUAUGGCAAUGAACGAUCGUGAUGUUACCUAUUCUAAUAAACUGGAUGAAAACAGACACGUUCAAAUCCACCACACUCAUGGUACUGGAGAGUGCUUCUACUUGGGCUGUAAUGAUGAUGCUUGUCGUUUGAUUAAUUCACUUAUUGAAUAUAAUUAUUGCCAUCAUACAUGUUGCGUUCAAGGUGAUGGUAUCGAAGUGAAGAGAGGUUCCUACAAUAAUGUUAUUCGCCACAAUGUCAUUCACGAUACUCACUAUCCUGGAAUUAUUGUGUACGGUGCCAACAAUGGUAUUCCAAAUAUUAUUGAUUCCAACAUUAUUUGGAACGCUGGUGAUAAUGGUAUUCAAAUUGCUGCUAAUACCAUUGCUCGUAACAAUAUUGUACUCAACUCAAAGAUGAAUGGUAUUAGUAUUCAACCUAAUCAAGGCAAUCCAACAGCUGUUAUUUUGGAACAUAACACUGUCAUUGGAGCUCUCAGUGGGUCGUGUCUCUCUACUUAUAGUACAUACAUUGGUUCAGAGUUUGUGAUUGCAAACAAUGCAUUCUAUUGUGAGAAUGCUAGUGCAAUUUCUGAAACCAAUGCAAACUCCAAAACUGUCUAUCUUUCUAAUGUUGUGAAAGGAAAAGUUACAAGCCAAUAUGCCAGCAAUAUUAUUUAUGGAACUGGGUUGAGGGAUUUUACCAGUACUGCUUCUCUUCCUUUCAACACUUAUCCUUCCCUUGGUUCGUCCUUACUUGGAGUUUCAACCUACAUGGCUAAUACAUCAACUCCUUUGGAUUUUGAUGGUCGUGACAGAAGUGCAGCCUCACGUAUUGAUGCAGGUGCUUAUCAACGGGUUGCUCAAAACUCACCAACAUGGAUUCCAGUAGCUGGUUUCAAAGAUGGUUGGAGCAGUCCUGCUCAAUCAACUUCUCCAAAGCGUGUAAAGCCUGUUCCUUCAGAUAAUGCACAUUACAAUAGAACAACUUUUAUCAUCACUCCACAAAAUGGUUCUUCAUUAUUUGACUUGAUGAGCACUUUACAACCUGGAGACACCUUAUUGGUACGAGCAGGCACUUAUCCUGUUAAAUUUGCCAAUGCUUGGUUUACCAAGAUUGUCCUCUCUGGAUCUCCAUCAAAUCCAAUUACUGUUUCUGCAUGGCCUGGUGAAAGAGUUGUUUUGUAUGGUGAUCCAUACGGAUCUCAAAACAUAAUCAACUUGGAAGUUAUGUACUUUGUCUUCAGAGGUUUUGAAAUGGUUUAUGGUUCCAGAGGAAUUAGACUUCAUGAAUCCUCUCAUUCAAUCUUUGAAGACUUGAACGUGCACCACACUUGGGCAAAUGCAAUCUCUGCAAAUGAUAAGGGUGUUCAUUAUCAAAAUAUUACAUUCAGAAAUAAUCGGGUUGCUCAUACUCAUGGUACUGGAGAAUGUUUUUAUUUGGGUUGCCAAGAUGCUGCUUGUAUCUUUUCAGAUUCUCUCAUUGAAGGAAAUCUAUGUGAAUACACGUGUUGUGAACAAGGUGAUGGUAUUGAACUAAAGCAUGGUUCUUACAAUAACAUAGUUAGAAAUAACGUUGUUCACGACACACCAUAUCCAGGUAUUACCACUUAUACUACUGGGGGCAAUGCUCCAAAUAUUAUUGAGGGAAAUUUCAUUUUUAAUACUGGUGAUAAUGGUAUUCAAUGUACAUCAGGUCAAAUUAUUCGAAACAAUAUCAUUGUCAAUGCAAGCAUCAAUGGUAUUGAUAUUCACGAUGAUGGAGCUGUUUCUGAUCUUACCAUCACUCAUAACACUGUAAUUAACGCCAAAAUUGCUUGUUUUUCUGCUGGUGGUUUACAAACAGCUUCAAACGUAAUUAUUGCAAACAAUGCUUUGUUUUGUGACAACUCUCAAUACGGAUAUUAUGAGAGAUAUUUAUCUGAUAAGAAGACUAGCACUUUUUAUUCGGCAAGAAACUAUUAUUCAGGAAAAACAAAUGGUGUUGGCAUUGAUUUGGUAAAGGUCAAUAACAGUUCUCAUGACAUACUGUUGGGUAUUGAUUUACUGAAUGCCUAUCCAACAUCGAUCAGUAACCUUAUUGGAGCGGGUAGCCUAAAGUAUUCAACACCUUUGGAUUUUAAUGGAAAUUCCAGAUCAUCAACUCCAGAUGUUGGCGCUUAUCAAUAUUCAACCCCUUCAAAUCCAGGUUGGGUUGCUAAAGGAUGGUUCAAGAAUGGAUAUAACUCAGUAUCCGUGUCAGGAAAUUGGGAAUAUCCAAAGAAUGUCCUUAUUCCUCAAGACGACGAUUCUUAUAUUGGAAUGGUUUAUCACAUCACAGAAGCCAAUUAUUCAUCUUCAAACUGCAAGUAUGAAAAUAUAUGGAAAACCAUGGCAUUGUUGAAACCUGGAGAUACUAUGAUUUUCCAUUCAGGAACAUUACUAACCCAAGUCUGUGGGCAUGGUUCUUUCUACAGAAGAUUAACGGUUAUUGGUAGCCCAAAUCGUCCAGUGGUAAUUAAGGUUGCGGAUGGAGAAAGUGUAACAAUUCAAGGCGACAUCGGUCAGUCACAAAAUAUCAUGGAUGUUGCUUUUUACAAUGUCCUUUUUAAAGGAUUCAAUAUGAAAUAUGGAUCCAGAGGUCUUAGAGUCUAUGAAGCCCAAAACACAACAUUUGAAGGAUUGGAAAUUUCUGAAACAGCAGAUGUUGCUUUCGCAGGAAACGAUCUAAGAGGAGAUUACAACAAUGUAACUAUCAGAAGAGUUAAAGUUCACCACACGCAUGGUACAGGGGAAUGUUUCUAUUUGGGUUGUAAUUUUGGUGAGUGCAUUUGGAGAAAUUCCAUCAUUGAGUACAACCAUUGUUCACACACUUGUUGUGAACAAGGUGAUGGUAUAGAAUUAAAGGCUGGUUCGUAUGGAAAUAUUAUUCGCCACAAUGUAAUUCAUGAUACUAUCUAUCCUGGAAUCACAUUGUACACUCCAAUGGAGGGCAAGCCACCAAAUGUUGUCUAUGGUAAUAUUGUGUGGAAUACUCAAGAUAAUGGAAUACAAGUAACAGGAAAUACAAUUCUCAUGAAUAAUAUUGUAAUGAAUGCCAAAUAUUAUGGAAUUUCAAUUCAAGAAAAUCAACAGAGGGUGAACGGACUUGGUAACAUUGAAAAUGUUGCAAUUCUCCACAAUACAGUUGUUGGGGUAAGCUCUAAAACCAGUGGAGCUUGUUUUGCCACUAGUGGAACAAAUUCUGGAAAAGGAAACAUUGUAAUUGCUGGAAAUGCCUUUUACUGUUCAGAUGCCAAGGCAACACGUGAAGUUAAUGUUCAUCCAAACACUAAGUAUGGUAUUAAUGUUGUUAGCGGAACCAGUACAAUGUCAGGUACCUUAAUUGGCGACUUGGUGUCAGACUUUUUGGAUGUUUCUUCAAUUCCUUACAAUUUGUAUCCAAGAAAGGGAGGGAAAUUAUAUGGCUCAUCAAAUCUCACAAUUUACGAUCUAGUUUCAAAAGAUUUCAAUGGUCUUGUUAGAUCUUCACAAAGAAUGGAUGUUGGUGCCCUUCAAUAUAUUGAAGGAAAAGAUAACAACCCAGGUUGGAUUCCAAAGGAUGAAUUCAAACCAUUUACUGAUCUUUCGCCUCUUGCAAUGCUGGAUUUUGAGGAUACUUCAUGUUGUUCUCUCUUUUUAAUAUUCGGAGGAAGAUCUUCCGAAAUCAGGGAAGGUACUUGCAUGGUAAAUGAUGAAAAACAAUUGUAUUUGAUAGAGAUGGUUGAUAAUGAAUUUUCCACAUGUUUGAGCUAUGUCUAUGAUGAAAAUGUGUUGAAUGAAAAACAAAUUCCACAGGCACGAUACGGCCAUUCUAGUGUCUUUGAUAAAGAUAGAAAGUUAAUGUAUGUCUUUGGUGGGAUGGCUGGAGGGAAGUGUCAUAAUGAUUUGGCAAUUUUUGAUGUAGUGACAAGUUUGUGGACAAUUGUUAAUUUUGCAAAUGUUGGAUGCUUGAUUCUUCCACAAGAAAGAUAUGGACAUAAUUGUGCCAUUUACAAAAAUUGGAUGUUUGUUUGUGGAGGAAGGGAUAGCUCAGGAAAUAUUUUAGGAGGAAUUCAAGCUAUGGAUUUGGAUCGUUGUUUAUGGAUGAAUAUUCAAGUGGAAUCAUUGAGUGGAAGAAGUUUCUUUACUAUGGACGUGAUUGAGAGAAGAGAUGAUAAAAUUGAGAUGAUCAUUGCUGGAGGAAUUAGAAAAGAUCUCAACGAAAAACCACUACAAAGACUUACCAUCACUGUUGGGAAUGAAAGAUCUAUACACUGCUCAGUUAAUCCAAUAGAAAAUCAAGAACUGACUUGGGAUAAGUACGGACAUUGCUCUGUAUUCAAAAAUCAAACCUUGCUAUUGGUAGGAGGUCAGAAUCAAGAUCACUCUCUAGAUUGUAAUAGCUUGGAAUUUAGUAUUGAGAGUGAAACCUUCUCCUCAUUCUCAUACUUUCUACAGCCAUCUACACAUUGCAGUUUGUCGUUCCUGAACAUUUCGCAAGAUCUUGAUGUCAAUCAGAAUGAUGGAUUCUAUUUUGCUUCAUUACUUUAUGACAGCACUUUGAAUUGCUAUGUUGUUGGGGGAAAUUCGAUAGCUACUUAUAGAACUACACCAUCAAUAGAUGUUUCAGAAAACGUUAUCAGUGAUACGUGGGUAAAGAUUGUCAGCUUUUUGAAUUACGAUGACUUGAAGAAAUUAUGUCUAGUUUCCAAACGAUUCUACACAAUAUUUACUGCAGAUAAACUCAUUCAAGACAAAAUUUCUUCAAUUAAUGAUAAUAACAAGUUGUCCAAUAAGGUGUGGCCUUUCAAAAGGAGAUCAUAUUACGAGAGGGAAAUCAACUUUACUCCACCAAAUAUCACAUGCCCAAUAAGGACUUUCAAAAUUUCAGUUGUAGGAGAACCAUUUAUGGUGAAAGCAUUUAUUUCCAAAAUUACAGGUAAAGAUGUGAACAAGAUAACUGAGGAGGAACCAAUUCACAUGGUGCAAUUUUAUUUCCAUCACAAUAUCUAUCACUUCUUGAUGGAUACUAGAACUAAUGACAUUCCAGAAGAUCAACAGCAAUCGUUCAGCCUCAAAUUAGUUUGCAUUCGAUUAGGAAGAGCUAAUCAAUCUAUCGCAAAUUCUCAUGAUGUUACCUGUCCUACUAUAGUUCUAGGUCUCGAAGAAGAGCUUUACAAGUUUUCAAUAUUUAAAAAGAGUUACAAUAGUCAAUACUUUCAACAUGUGCUACCAUUCGCAACUAGUAAGGAUUUGACUUUAAUAUUCAAACAAAUUACUUCAAUUGGAGCAUUUGAGAAGAUUUCAACAGAGACUGGUUUUGGAAUGUAUCAGUUAUUGGAAUUCUUUCUUGAUUGUAUCAAAAAUGAUCCAACACAAUCUUCAACCUCUGGUUGUGAACUUAAUUGA